AUGACCAUGAUGGAUGAUAUUCUUCAUUCUCAGACUCAUCCAUCCCAUCCAACAUCAUUAGGCAGCGAGGUAGCCGAGCGUUCAAUUUUUGAAGAUUUCCUAGAAGGCCGUAACGUAGUAGAGCAAGAUACCUUUGUGCUUAGGAUUCACAGAGGAAAAGUUUUUGAAGAGUUUUUGGAAGCGUUCAAAGAAAAUAUUGUUGUCAUCGAUAAUAUAAAAAUUGUAAUGAUUUUACCAAAUGGAGAAAUCGAGCAAGGAGAAGACAUGGGCGGAGUCUUAAGAGAUUCUCUCGCAGAGUUUUGGACCACAUUUUAUGACCGAUGCACCACUGGAACAACAUUUAAAAUCCCUUACAUUCGACACGAUUUUGGAGAGUCAGAAUGGCUAGCUGUUGCUAAUAUUCUAGUAAAAGGUUACACUUGGGAAAAAUAUUUCCCAGUACAUUUAGCACCAGUUUUUAUGAAAACUUGUAUUGAUAACUCUGCAAUCGUAGAUGAAGAACUCGUAGACAAUUUCUUAAAUUAUAUAUCAGAUUCAGAUUCGAAAAUGGUGAAAGAUUCCUUCAUCGAUAUCGAAAAUGUGGAUUCCGAUGAAAUCCUGGAAUUUGUUUCGGGGUACGAUUCUAAAUGGAAUCCAACAAAAGACAACAUAAAACAGUUAAUCAGAGACAUCGCUCAUAAGGAACUUAUUCAAAAACCCUCUUUCGUGAUCAAAUGUUUUCAUCAAAUAAUUUCAAAAAGUAGCAUUACAUUAGAAGUGAUACAAAAUUUUUACACGGACUUACAACCAAGUGUGAAAAAUUGUUUAAAACAGAUUAAUUUACAAAAGAAAGAAGAAAACCUGACUAUUGAAGAAAAACAAACAUUUUCGCAUUUAAAGAAGUACAUAAAAGAAAGCGAUUCCAAAACCAGACAAGCCCUCCUAAGAUUCUGUACAGGUUCAGAUUUGCCAGUCGGAAAAAUUACUGUCGAUUUCAAUGCGUCAUCUAGAAUUUUAUUCGAAGAGGGUUCUAAUAAUGAGAACGAAUCUUUUAACGCUGAAGCUCAAACUCAGAGAGCUCAAACUGAAACCUCCAAUUUUCCUUCCACAAGUCAGGCAUUAAACGAACAUUACGUGGUCGAAAAAGAAAGUGGCACAAAAUUGACGCUAAGGAAAGUAAACCAGAGCUACAAGGAAUACUGCGAUCCUGAACAGGAACCUUUUUCUGGAGGAUCAAGUGAUGAGUAUAACCCUGAUAAUGAUAACGACGAUAGUGAUUCAUCUUCUUCAAGUAGCAGAACAUCAGAAAAUAUCGAUAUUACUACUAACAAUGCUGAUGAUAAUAAGGAACAAACUACGAACUCCCCAGUCAAAAAAGGUAAAAAAAGGGUUAAGAAUCAGAUGAAUUGGAAGCAAGUGAAAGCAAAACGAUUCAGAAACUCAGGUCAACAAUACACUUCAAGAACUGGUAAAAUUGUCGAAGCCAAGAGCAUGAAACCAGCUUGCUCCAAUAAAUGUAUUUUUUCUUGUUCGACAAAGUUUUCUGAGGAACUUAGAAGCCAACUAUUUAAGAAAUACUGGGACUUAGGAAACUUGCAACGCCAGCGAGAUUACCUGGGCUCAUGUAUCGAACAAUUAAUUCUCAAAUAUAGACGAGUUUCUUCUGCACAGCCGCGAAAACCAAACUGUGCAUUCUACCUUCACGAAAAUGGAAAUAAAAUCAGAGUAUGUAAGACGUUUUUGAUCAACACCUUCGGGAUAUCGGAAAAAGUAAUUAGAACUGUGAUUCAAUCAAAAGUAUCUGAACAGGGAAUUAUAAAAGAAGAUUGCAGAGGAAAGCACGGAAACCAUAAGAGAAUUGAUGAAGAGGUAGUGAAUUCUGUAUUCGAUCACAUCAAUUCCAUACCACGAAUUGAGAGCCACUACACUCGCAAGGAUACAAAAAGAGAGUACAUAGACGGCGGACUUACAAUUGCAGAAAUGCACAGAAAUUAUUGUGAGAGAAGAUCUGCUUCAAAUCAACAAUCAGUGACAUACGAUUAUUACGCAACGAUCUUUAACACAAAAUUCAAUAUCGGAUUCUUCAUACCGAAAAAAGAUCAAUGUGAUCUUUGUGAAACCUAUAAGAAUGCACUAGACAAAGAGGAAAUAGAAUUGAAACAUAAGUAUGAAGAACACCUAGAAGAAAAGGAACUUAGUCGAAAGGAGAAGGAGAGUGACAAAGGAAGGGCACAAGAUGGAGAAAUUGCUUUAGCUGUUUAUGAUUUACAGGCAGUGUUGCCUGUUCCUGUAGGACAAUCAUCGGCAUUCUUCUAUAAAUCCAGAUUAAAUUGCUAUAAUUUUUCUAUAAGCUAUAAAUUUCCAAAGGCGAUUCCCGAUUAUUUGUAGGUACAUCAUCAUGGUUUUUUUUUUCAGAUAACAGAAUUAGCAACAGAUACAACUGUAACGGAGUUACCAGAUUUUUCCCGAAAAUGUGUGCGCCUUUUGACUACAAUUUAAUUAAUUAAUUGACUUUAAUUGAACUAUUUGCUCUAGGUAAUUUUCGGUCAAUUCAACGGUAAUGAUUUUAGCUGAUUAUCGUAAUUUUAAUUAUUUGUGUAACUAAAGCUACACAACUUUUCUUUAAUUUUAAAAAGAAGCAGGGCUUUCUUGAAUUUUUCCGAAAUAUUAUUUAUUUCUAAAUAUAUUAAAUUACGCGUGACCUCGGAGCAAAUAGCAGUUUAGCUGGGUCGCACGCUCGAGGCUGCAUCGGUGGCUUUGGAGCUAUGGUAGCCGAAGCGCGCACCGUGGUAUUUUCUCCCACGAAGCUUGCCCUUCCAUCAGUUCCAUCGUCGAGCGUUUUCCUUACAAACGAACGGCGUUUGGUUAAGUCAGUCCGGCCCGAGUCCACCAACUAAGCAGACGCUUCCGACUUCCACCGAAUACCGAGGUAGGCCUUCUCUCCGAAAUACCGACUGCUACCUGUUUCACCGCUACGCGAUUUUGAUGCACUUUGCAAAUGAAAUAUUAUUUGAAGAUGAAGAAGAAGAAGAAGAACGCUUAAGAGAACCAAAAAUUGUUAAUUUUGUUGAAGAUGUUAUUCACUGCUUUGAGGACAAACAAUUUAAGAGACAUUUUCGAAUGGACCCUUCAACAAUGGAACACUUACUACAGAGAAUUCAAAAUGUUAUACCAGAGGUCCCUGUCGCUAAAGGUCAUCCUCAGCUUACAAUAGAAAAACAGCUUUUAAUAACAGUUUGGUAUUUAGCAAACAUUGAAUGUUUCCGCUCAGUAGCGCAAAGAUUUCAUGUAACAAAAUCAACAGCAUGGACAGUGUUGAUGAGAAUGGGCAAAUGGAUUUUAUUAGCAAACACAAAGUUUAAAAUAAUUUCUUGGCCUACCAGGGAAAGAGCGUUAGAAAUAUCUAACAGGUUUCGGAAUAUCAAUGGAUUUCCUGGAGUUAUCGGUUGCAUUGAUGGCUCACACGUGAAAAUAUUGGCACCCAAAGAAAAUCCUGUUUCUUAUAUAAAUCGAAAAAAAUUCCAUUCUAUCUUACUUCAGGCAGGCUGUGAUGACAAAAAACAGUUUAUAGAUGUAUUUACUGGAACACCCGGCUCUUGUCAUGAUGCAAGAUUAUUUCAGAUGUCCGAUCUAUCAGAGCAUAUUCGAACAGGAAUUGUGCAAUUUCCCAACGACACACAUAUUAUAGGUGACCUAGCAUAUACCUUGACAAAAACACUGAUUGUUGAAUUUAAAGACCAUGGUAAUUUAAAUGAUCGUCAAAAAAAAUUUAACAGAAAAUUGUCACAGAUAAGGGUUGCAAUUGAGCAAGCUUUUGCUCUUUUAAAAGGCAGGUUUCGGCGCCUUAAAUAUUUAGAAACCAUAAGAAUGGACCUAAUAUGCUUAUUAAUUAUUGUGGCUUGUGUAUUACACAAUGUGUGCAUUUUAAAUAAUGACAAUGCAGAAGACAUAUUGGAUCUGGCACAAGAAAUAAAAGAAGAGAGAAUGUUGCAAGAAAUACAGAAUGUCAAUGUACAAAAUGCUGAUGCAAUAAGGAGAGAAGCUCUUCAAAAAAGAAUUAAUAUUAUGAACAAUUUAAUAUAAAAAUUUAAAGCAUAUUUUUAGUUCAUUUUUAUACACCACUAAUCUUUCUGUAGAUUAUAAAUAGUUAAUUUAAUUGCUUAAUA